UAGAGAGAAGGGGACGGGGAUUGGGCCAUUUUCCUUGCCAGAAGAAGCGCGCGAUUCGUGAACGUGCCCGUCGCAAAGCGCGUCCUCGACCGCCCAGAGUUCACCUCCUGCGUGGCCCCAUUCACAGAAUGUUGCAACAUUGCGGCUGUGGCUUGGGAUCCCGGUGAUGGCAACAUUGUGUCUGCAAACUCAUCAGGAGCCAGUGCUGGCGUUCGCCUCAUUUUGUAGCCGCUUCUGGAAACUAGGCCAGACUGGAUGUGGUCCUAUGUUCGGUGAAGAGACAUCAUAACAGGCAGGAGGCAGCACUGGACUGGACAGAGAUUAAUUAAACGCCAAUCUUCCCACAGACCCAGCAUGAGCAAGCAGCUUUUCCAAAAUAAGAUGAUGUCAGGCCAACGCGUUGUUUCUGUACUCCUGCCAAACAAGGAGCAACUUGAAAUUCUCAUUGGGGUAAAAGCUACAGGUCAGGAUCUCUACAAUCAAGUCUGUGAUCUGUUGAAGAUCAGGGAGGGUCACUUCUUUGGUCUGAGCGUGGUGCAAAACAAUGAACAUGUUUUCAUGGACUUGGAACAGAAACUCACUAAAUAUUUCCCCAAGGAAUGGAAGAAAGAAAUGAGCAAAAACAAUGAAAAGUUUAGUGCUCCAUUCAUGGUUUGUUUCAGGGUGCAGUAUUACGUUGAAAAUGGAAAAGUAAUGAGUGACAAGAAAGCCAGACAUUUCUACUAUUGCCAACUGAAAGAGCAAGUUUUAAAUUCACGGUGCACAAGUAAAGAGGAAGUCUACUUUCUGCUGACAGCAUAUGCUCUGCAGGCUGAUCUGGGCAACUACAGAAAACGUGUGCACACUGGAAAAUAUUUUGAGCCUCAGCAUUAUUUCCCUCAAUGGGUAAUUAACAAAAGGGGCUGUGACUACAUUUUGAAGCACAUUCCAGUAAUGCACAGAGAGCACCGUGGCCUGACUCAUAAAGAGGGGUUGCUGAGGUUUAUUAAAGAGGCUUGCCUUUUGGAGGAUGUGCCUGUUCAUUAUUACAGGCUCCAGAAAGAUAAGAAAGAAGAGCAUCCCUCUGUAGUGCUUGGGCUCACUUUGAGAGGCAUACAUAUAUAUCAGGAAUCUCAUAGUGUCCGACAAUUGCUGUAUGACUUUCCAUGGUCAAAUGUCGGCAAGCUUACUUUCCUGGGAAAAAAGUUUGAGAUCCAGCCAGAUGGUUUACCCUCUGCCCGGAAGCUGAUCUAUUACACAGGCUGUGCAUUCCGAUCCAGGCAUUUACUGCAGCUCCUUAGCAGCAGCCAUCGACUCUAUAUGAACAUUCAGCCUGUGCUCAAGCAAAUUCGAAAAAUUGAAGAAAUGGAAGAGAAAAAGCGCUACAGAGAAUCGUACAUCAGUGAUGCCUUUGAGAUGGAUCUUGAGCGACUAGAUGAGCAUUCUCAUGGCAGUGGAAGCAGUCAUGGAAGCGCAAGGAAAAAGCGGCUCUCCCGUCAGUCAACAAUUAGCCAUGGUAGUUCGCAUACCUCUGGAAUUGAGGCAGAUUCAAGGCACAGAAUGUCUGUAGAGAUGACAGUGGAUGAACCAUUUUCCACUGAACUCGUGCACAGUAUAGUUAAACAUAAUAGCUCAAUGAUGAGCCGCAGAAGUUCUUACACAUCAGGAAUAGAGAGUAGCAGCAAAGAACGGACUGACGAUGAUGAAGUUGAAGUUCCUGUUGAUGAUCCUCAUGAGACAUCUCAAGAUAAUGAUAUAAUCAAAGGUGAAUCUGUUGAUUAUCCCAUUUUAAAGCCAGACUAUAGACAAGAUAUUAGCAUUGGUACCGCUGUGAGUUUGUGUGACCCUUCAGUAAAACUUCGAGGACAAAGUGUGGAUGCGCUUUCACAGGCUUCUCGAUCUAAACCUAGAAGCUCAACUGAUCGCCAUAGUCAGAGUUUGGAUGAUGUGCGAUUGUACCAACAGCAACUACCUUUAGGCUCUGCGUUAUCUUCAGACAGCUCUCAGAGCUACACGUUUGGUUGCAUCAAUGAAGACAAAGAUAGCCAAUUUUGCUACACUUACUCCACAGCAGACUGUAAAACUAAGUCCACCUUUUAUGGCAAACGUUCAAUGAACUGUCUAUCUCUGGAUCUUCUUGGAGAAGAACAAUUACUGGAAUUUGUAGUAUAAUUAAUGGUAAUGUCAUUGUGAUAAAUUUGUUAACUAGCCAAGCCCUGGACUGACCUACUUUUGAGUAUUAAAUAAUAAUUUAAGGAAAUUGCAUUAUGUAAAAGAAUGUGAAAAUGUCCUGUAAUGGACCUUCACAGUCAGUAAGACUCAAAAAUAUUGAGUCCAACAGUAAUUUCUAUAAGUGAUUUAGUGGAAUAUUCUAUGCCUCACUCUUCCUUGCAAUCCAAACUGAAGACGUGUCACGUUAAGCUAACAGCAGUUGUCUGAGUAAUUCUUGGACUUACUGUUGUAAUUUUGCAAAGAGUUUAUUUAAUACAUAGAAAACAAGUUGGAAAACUCUUAGUCAUUCCUAUUUCAGUACCAGAGAGUUUAUGUCAACACUGGCCUGCAGACCAAUUCUGUAUUUGUCCAGAUGUAAAAAGAGUUUGUCUUGUGAGGCAUUCAAUAUAAUGGGUUGGGUAUAAUUGAACACUGGAGUAAAUUGCAUUCAUUGUCACUUUUGUUCAGUGUUACUUGGACUUCCCAGCAACAGAUUUGGUGGGAGGUGCACCUAAAGGAGUCAUGCUUAGCCAACUUGAAAGUUCAUUUAUAAUAACCCACAACAACAAGGAAUAGCAAUACAAAUGAUCUAACAAGAAUACACACUUCAGAAUUACUUUCUGAACACCACUAUGAUUAGAGGAAGGUGUCUUAACUGUACAAGUAAAUAUAAAUGAAUGAUUAUUUUGAUCAUUUAAAGAAAAGUGUGCCUUCAGUAGCAGCAGAAUGAUUAAUGCUGCAAUGAACCAAUUAACAAUAAGCUCCCAAAUUUUACCGUGCUAUCACUAGGAGACGUCAAGCAAUUGUAUGAUGCUUCCAAUAACAAAAAAAGAAAAAUUGGAAAUCGGUCCAGUCAUCAUUUACCAUUUACACCUCCAAUCGCCAGAUGUUGAGUAGAACCAAAAGAGGGCCAAAAUCAAGAUUUUAUUUGCCCUCUUCACAUUUCUACCCAUACUCUAUUUAAUCUAUUUUGUAUUGAUACAGUAAUAGAAAUGGCAGGUAGCUUGCAUUAAGUUGAACCAGGUGGUUUUAGGAUGUGUUAGAAUCAUUCACAUAAAAACAGAAUAGAAAAUUAUUUCUCAGUAAUACUGUGUGUAAAUGGAAUUCAAAAAUGCACUGAA